AUGCACAAUCAUAUAGAUUCUUUUUGUAUUUUUAUUUCCAUUAUAAUUCUUCUUAAUUUGACUUAGAUUCAUCUAAAUUAGUAAUUGGUUUAAUAAAUAUAUUAAUAAUAUCUAUUUCUUUUUCAAUAAUUUAUUAUUUUUUAGCAUAUUUUAGAGGUAUAUUUGCAAUUAGAUUUUUUUCAAUUGUUGCUUAUAGUGAUGAGAACUUUUAAAGAUGAUCACAAUCUGUAAUACAUUUAGAUGAUGUUGGAACUUUAAGUGUUAAAUUAAAUUAUAAUUUUUGAGGUAAAAAUUCUUUAGUGUAUAAAAAUUCUUCUAAUAAGAGCAGCAUCUAAGAAUAGAAUAGAAAGUUACUUCUUAAUAUUUCUUAGUUGUAAUUUCUUAUUUAUAAUUUGUAGAAUAGAAUUCUGCUAAUAUUUUAAUAGCUUCAUAUCCCAAAAAUAAAUCAUUUCGCUAUAUAAUAACUAAAAAUAUUGCCUAAAUUGAUUAAGUUAAUUGUUAUUACAUCUUUAUUUACAUUGCAUAUAGAAAGAUAAUUUAAAUCCAAAACAAUUGA